GUGGAAGUGCAUGAAAAAAUGUCUAUCAAAGGAUGCAUCCCAUUCCACAGGCCAACCUAAGAUAAACUAUAGUGAAAAUAGGAAUUCAAUCUGCUCAUAGAACGUUAUUGAUAUUGAUAUUGAUGUUGUCUAUAUUUUGGUCUACUGCUAGAUGAAAGCUCCAAUUUGUUGUCAGUACUACUACCCGCCGAACUACGCUGCCCACAUUGCACCGGAAUGAAACUCAUCAUGGGGAAAGUACUUUCGAGAUUAGUGAACUAACAUGUGGAGUAGAGUGUUGGUACUUUCGGGGUCGGCAGGAAUUGCCGUUUCUGACGCCACCAUGGGCCAUUCUUCUCGAACAACACUUGUUGAGCUUUCGCUACUGUCACUGAUUGUAACAUGCUUAUGUGAUUGCAGAUAUCAGUUUGAUGAUGAGGCUUUAAACAAUCAAAAUCAACUUUACAAACAACUGAUUUCCGACGGUUGGUAUAGGUGUGAUGAACCAAUGCCUGUUUACAAUGUCAACUGUACAUUGACUGCUGAUAUCAAACCGCAGUUGACUUCUCAUCUCUACAAAGUUUCAAACGGUUUAUCGAGCAGAUGUAACAAUCAGAGGUUAAGGGUUUUCAUUAUGAAACCUCAUAGUGGUUAUCUAUUACCAAUAUUUGAAACAAACCUUGAAAUGGAUAUAAUAAAGCAUUUGCACUUAGAUGGACUAGGCAUUGAGAAUAUCAAACCAGGCGUUCUUAAAUCUCUGAAAAUAUUGGAGUCGAUUCACUUAAGAGAAAAUAAUUUGAGGACUAUCGGAGAUAAUGUCUUCAGGAACGUAGUUAAUCUAAAAGAACUAGAUCUUUCAGAUAACAGAAUUUCGAAUUUCACACCUGGUUGGUCCAAUGGUUUAGAUGGGUUAGAAAUUCUCAAUCUUUCACAGAACCAGUUGAUGGCUAUACCGUUACAAACUUUCAAUAUAUUAAAAAAUUUGCGGGAGCUAAACCUCAGUGGAAAUGGUUUGAUCAUGGUGGAAACUUCGCAGUUCAAAAAUUUGAAGAAUCUUACUUCCCUUGACUUGUCUAAAAAUAAUCUUUAUAGUUUCGAUUUCGGAACAUUCGAUGAUUUGCAAAAUUUAACAACUCUCAAUAUUUCUUACAACAAAUUCAAAGUAUUGCCUGUAUACACUUUCCAUUCCAUGGGUAAUCUGAAAAACUUGUAUUUCACUAACAAUGAGCUAAGGGAUUUGCAUAUAAAUUCUUUAAGACAAUGGAAAUUGAAAAAGGUAGAUUUUAGAGAAAAUUCAUUUUGGUGUGAAGUUUUAUUACAAUUAAUCGAUUAUUUAGAAAAUAAAAACAUUUAUUUUGAACAACAAGUUUCUACCGACGGUGAAAAUGUAUAUAAAUUCAAAUGUCAGAGCCUGUAUAGCGACUAUGUGUCUCUAGAGAGAUAUACAUACAUCAUAAAUGAUUUUUCAACAAGACUGCAAAGUCUGUCUGAUAAAUAUGAUAAGGUUCUAGUCAAAUUAAACAAGCUGUGGGACAGAAUUAAUGAAAUGUCCAAAAAACUAUAAGACAUAUUUUAAUUUUUAAUUUACAUACAAAUAUUGAAAUGUAUUGUUUAGGUUUAAGUUUAUUUGCUAUUGAAAGUGUCUAAUAAAUGUAUGGAC